GAUAAUUUUAUUUUAAUCAGCAGCUCAGUAAUUAACAACAUAUCAUUCUCUCAGUUAUUAAUACUUUAGUAAAGCAAAUUUAACGAGUUACGUGUAAAAAUGCGACUUUUCAACAUUUUAUUUUGCCUGUAUUUUGCAUUUGUAAGAUCAGUGUUUGGGCAAACUGACGAUUGCGUUUGUGUCCCCUUUUAUUUAUGUACAAAUGGCACACUUAACACCAACGGAGAGAACAUUAUCGACAUCAGAAUCAACGCAAACGACUGCCCCAGUUAUCUAGACUUCUGUUGUCCCACCAAAGAAGUCCUUGAGAAACCUAAGCCCAAAUCCCCAGUUAUCCCACCUGGUUGCGGUCACCGCAACCGCAACGGCGUCCAGUACAGUAUAACAGGAGCCACAGACAACGAAGCCCAGUUUGGGGAAUUCCCCUGGGUGGUUGCAAUUUUGCGCAAAGACAACGAAACUCUCUCCCUCCAAUGUGGAGGAUCCUUAAUCCACCCACAAGUGGUCCUGACCGCCGCCCAUUGUGUCCACUUUGUGGAACAAAUGGUAGUGCGAGCUGGGGAAUGGGACAGUAAAACGACCCAAGAACCCUUGAAACACCAAGACGUGAAGGUGUCUUCAGCCAAAGUCCACCCCGACUUCAACAGCAAAAAUCUCAAAAACGACAUCGCGCUCCUAUUUCUUGAAACUCCCGUGAGCUUGGACGACAACCACAUUGGUCUUGCUUGCCUCCCGAGACAAAAUAACGCACUGUCAUCAAAUGGUUGUUACGUGAACGGUUGGGGGAAAAACAAAUUUGGGAAAGACGCGGUCUUUCAAAACAUUCUCAAAAAAAUCCAACUGCCGGUUGUUGCACAUGAGCAGUGCCAGGACGCCUUCAGGAAAACAAGACUGGGAAAGUAUUUUAUCCUCAAUGAGAGUUUCGUUUGUGCAGGUGGUGAGGAAGGCAAGGAUGCGUGUACGGGAGAUGGGGGCGGUCCUCUAGUCUGUCCAAGUGAGGAAGGGAGGUACGAACAAGUUGGGAUUGUGUCGUGGGGUAUCGGGUGUGGGGAAAAAGGGGUACCGGGGGCUUACACCAACGUUGGCCGCUUCAAAAAUUGGAUAAAAAAGCAAACGCAGACGAGGAGUUUCACAAUUCAGUGAUUUGUUUAAAUGCGCAUGCGAUUAAUGUGGAUGUUAAUAAAAAUAAAAUGAUUAUCAUAUA